AUGACAACUGCAAUCGUAUUUGGUGCCUCAGGCAUUUCUGGUAUUAGCCUUAUCGAUACACUCCUCGAAGAUCCAGCCAAAUGGACAAAGAUUGUCGCUGUCUCACGUCGUCCACCACCUCAGAAGAGCGAGAAGAUUAGCCACGUCUCCGUAGAUCUACUUAACUCAACCCCAGAUGAGAUAGCAGGCAGUUUGGUUAAAGGUGGCGCAGGCAAUGCUACACAUGCUUUCUUUUUUAGUUACAUCGCUAAAGAAAACGAGGACGACCUGAUUAACACAAAUUACAAGUUGUUCUCAAACUCUGUCGAAGCACUCUACAAAGGAACUACAGUACAGGCAUUCCUUCUUCAAACGGGUUACAAAUAUUACGGUGCUUUCGUUGGCGGUGAUGCGCUCCAACCUUAUCCUUGGGUUGAAAACAGCGGCAGAUCAGGCAAGAAUUUCUAUUAUCAGCAGGAAGACUAUCUUAAGGCUGCUGCCGAGAAGUACAAUUGGAAGUGGGUUGUUGCUAGACCAAACUUUAUCACUGGUGUCUCACUCGGCAAUUUCAUGAGUAUUGCAACAACUGUUGCACUUUACGCCGUCGCUUGCAAUGAGUUAAAUACACCAUUCUAUUUCCCAGGUUCAAAAUACAGUUACAAUCUCCAAUACGACCACAGUAAUGCCAAAAACAACGCCGAAUUUGAAGUGUUUGCACUUGACAAUCCAAAAGCCGCCAACAGAGCAUUCAAUAUUCAAGAUGGCAAGCCUAGCAGCUUUGCAGUACUCUGGCCAAAGAUAGCCAAGUACUUUGGUAUUGUUUUACCUGACCCAGUCACUGAGGAUGUUGAAGUCAACCGUCACAAAGACGUAAAGACUGUCCAUAGUGUUCAGAAAUGGGCUGAGGAGAAUAAGGAUAAGUUUGGUGGCAUCAUAAAAAAGUAUAACCUCGAUCCGCAAGCGUAUGAGCACGCCACAUGGGCAUUCCUCGAUGGUGCUACUUCAAGAACAUGGCCUGACCAAGGUAGCUUGGACGCAGCUAGAGAGAUUGGCUGGAACAAAUCGAUUGAUAGCUACGAAGAUGGUUAUAAAGCUGCAUUUGUAGGUUAUAUUUGUUAA